GGAGAAUGGUCAUGGGUCAACGAGCUUAGCAUGACAAUUAAUACUGGGUCGAUCCCAAUCAUAUACUACAUGAUGUGAGGUCAUGAAUGGACGGCCAGCCGAGUCAGCCCAGAAAUUAACAUGUUACUUCCUCACACAACAUCCGACACCCACCAAGGCUCUUUUAGUAAAUACCCAUCUCCCUUCUUUAGGACAAAACGACCGCAAAAAAUCCAAACAAAAAAAACACAGCACGGCCAAUCUGAACACUUCUCUCUCCUCUGACUUCUCUUUGACCCAAAUCUCAAAUGGGUAACUGCAGCAGCAAUCUACCCUCCACCUCCACCUUCACCGCCGACCGCCCUCCUCCUCCUCCUCCUUCCCAUGGCAUCACCGUCCACCCUCCGACUGCCUCUCCCCCACCUCGUCCUCCACCUCCACAUUCACUGCAGCCCACCUCCAACAACCGCCCCUCUGCCGCUCCCGCGGCCGUCGGCCGUGUUCUUGGCCGGCCCAUGGAGGACGUCCGCAGCAUCUACGCAUUCGGCCGCGAACUGGGUAGAGGUCAGUUUGGUGUCACCUAUCUUGUAACUCAUAAAGAAACUAAGCAGCAGUUUGCUUGUAAAUCUAUUGCCACUAGAAAACUUAUCAAUCGUGAUGAUAUCGAGGAUGUUCGCCGUGAAGUCCAGAUCAUGCAUCACCUUACAGGGCACAGGAAUAUUGUGGAGCUAAAGGGAGCAUAUGAGGAUAGGCAUUCAGUGAAUUUGGUGAUGGAGUUAUGUGCAGGGGGGGAGUUGUUUGAUCGGAUUAUAGCGAAAGGGCAUUAUUCAGAGAGGGCAGCAGCUAAUCUUUGUAGGCAGAUUGUUACUGUUGUUCAUGAUUGUCAUUCUAUGGGAGUUAUACACAGGGAUUUGAAACCUGAGAACUUCCUUUUCUUGAGCACUGAUGAGAAUUCCCCUCUGAAAGCUACUGAUUUUGGACUCUCUGUAUUCUUUAAGCCAGGUGAUACAUUUAAAGACCUAGUUGGAAGUGCAUAUUAUGUAGCUCCUGAAGUACUGCGUCGAAAUUAUGGACCUGCUAUUGAUAUUUGGAGUGCUGGGGUCAUACUGUAUAUUCUUCUAAGUGGGGUCCCACCCUUUUGGGGAGAAACUGAACAGGCUAUCUUUGAUACUGUUCUCCGGGGACAUAUUGAUUUCUCCUCUGACCCAUGGCCUUCCAUAUCCAGCAGCGCUAAAGAUCUUGUGAAGAAGAUGCUAACAGCUGAUGCUAAGGACCGAAUUUCAGCUGCUGAAGUCCUGAAUCAUCCAUGGAUGCGAGUAGAUGGUGAUGCAUCUGACAAGCCUCUUGAUAUUGCUGUGCUGACUAGAAUGAAACAGUUCAGAGCAAUGAACAAACUCAAAAAAGUAGCUCUGAAGGUAAUUGCUGAAAAUCUUUCUGAGGAAGAAAUUAUGGGCUUGAAGGAAAUGUUCAAAUCCAUGGACACAGAUAAUAAUGGAACAAUCACUUAUGAAGAGUUGAAAGCUGGUCUUCCAAAACUGGGUACCAAGCUUUCUGAGUCUGAAGUGAAGCAAUUAAUGGAAGCGGCUGAUGUGGAUGGAAAUGGAACAAUUGACUACAUUGAGUUUAUAACAGCUACUAUGCACAUGAAUAGAAUGGAAAGAGAGGACCAUUUGUACAAGGCUUUUGAAUAUUUUGAUAAGGACAAGAGCGGGUACAUCACAAUGGAAGAGUUGGAGCAUGCUCUUAAGGAAUAUAACAUGGGCGACGCAAGAACAAUAAAAGAGAUCAUUGCAGAAGUUGACACUGAUCAUGAUGGAAGAAUCAACUAUGAAGAGUUUGUAGCCAUGAUGAGAAAAGGCAAUCCAGAGUUGGUCACUAACAGACGUCGGAAAUAAGCCCAACAAGUUUCGCAUUCUGCUAACAAAUCAACACAUCUCAAUUGUCUCAUGUUGUAUUGUGAUUGAGAUCCAUUUAGGACCUGGAUCGCACAACAGAGCUGCUUUAUGAGUAUUUUGUGGUUUGCCAUCCUUGCCAUUUGCACAGAGAGAUAGGCUUGAAUGGCGUCAUGCUUUGGGAGAAUUUCAACAUUUUAGCUGGCAGAUUCCUUUACCCAAUUACUGUCUGUGUAUGAAUUGAACGCGGAUGCAGAAAUUGUGAUGUAUUAUUAUAGCAGGUUUUGAUCUUGAGUACUUUGUUUGUUAUAUGGUUUACAUUGCCUUUAUUUUUUUAGUGGAAGAAGAAUGGAGAACAAGAGUGCUAAUGAGCGUUA